AGUUCAAACCAUCGCAGUCCAACCAGCAUAUUCUCUGUCAGCCGCUUAUAGGCGCGAACAACGAAUUUAGGCGAAGUAACAAAAACAACAUGUCUGCGAAAAUUGUAAGACGACAUCCAAGUGCUGUUGAGUUGAGAUGUUUUUGGUGUAAGAUAUUGCGACAAUAAUUGUUCUGAAAUGAUAAUUAUACUGUUCCACGCAUUGUAUCUAUUGGGAAAAUAUGUAUACGAAAACUUUCACGGUGCUAACAAUGAUACAGAGGACAUGGCAUCUCAAAAACAGAUAUUAAUGAACGUCAGCGAAGCAGACUAUUCGAGCUUCGGUGAAUCUGCUGAGCACGUUGCAGAUGUCAAAGUCAAAUUCUUCCCACCCGUGUACGUUCAGAGAUACACAACCGUGCAGAAUGUCAUUGCUAGUGCUCAGUAUCGAGGGAGAAUAAAAAAGGUGAUUGAUUUUGGCUGCGCAGAGCUUGGUUUUGCAAUACACUUAAAAAAUACUGAAGGCAUCGAAGAAAUUAUUUGCGUAGAUAUCGACAGAUCUUUGUUGGAAAAUUUUCAGUCAAAAGUUGCUCCUCUACAUUGUGACUAUCUUUCCCUCAGAACCGAACCUCUUACAAUCCAUCUUUGUGAAGGUAGUAUUGCGCACAACGAUAACAGAUUUGCCAAUGCCGAUGCUGUUAUUUGUAUAGAAUUAAUCGAGCAUUUGUAUCCCAAUGACUUGGAAGCAUUUCCAUACAAUGUAUUUGGAUUCAUCAAACCACUGGUGGUUAUUGUUACUACGCCUAAUGCUGAUUUCAAUGUUUUAUUCAAGUUGAAUGGAUUCCGACACCAUGAUCAUAAAUUUGAAUGGACAAGGGAACAGUUUCAGGAUUGGGCAAAUAAUAUCGUAUUGCGAUAUCCAGACUAUGAAGUAACAUUUCACGGUAUAGGUGCUGGACCAUUGGGUACAGAAAAUCUGGGCUCAUGUUCUCAAAUGGCUGUUUUUCAUCGUUACGAUCAGCUAUACAAUGAUAAAGUACCAGGUGUUGAUGGUCUGUUGAAAACGGUUGUAUCGCACGAAUAUCCGUAUCGAGCGGAUAAUCGGUCAGAUGAAGAAAAAAUACUUGAAGACUCCGUUUAUUAUAUAAGACUGUACUCUGCACGUGAUGAAGAGCUGUCCGAAGAAUUGCCGUUAACAACAUUACAGUUUUUAAUCGAUAAAUAUCAUAUAUCGGUCGACAUUCUCAGAAAUAUUUUAGAGGAAGCUCACUGGGCAAUUGUAGAUCGCGAAGAUGGUCCAGUAGUAUUAAUUCCACCACAAAGCACCUUCUAUUCUAACAGUGAGGUGGAUAUUGACGAUUUUCUGGAAGCUGACUAUCGUGUUGGCGAUGGCGAAGAUGGGUGGGAUACCGUCGGCCCAGGUGCACCUUCAGAUUAUUUAUUUGAUAGUUAUAUGGAAAGAGACACACAUGAGCAUGAAGAAGAAAAUUGGGACGACGAAGUACUCGAUACCCGACAAAGUAAUAUCUCAAAUGUGAACAGUGAGAAUCUGGCUCAUUCCGAAUUACAGGAAUCAGGAAAUUUAGAUCAUACCUCUGAUAGCCAGUGGACCAUGGAAGACUUGAAUAAUGACGAUCUGUUAGAUGUUUCACAAAAUCAACCAACUACAACAUUUGACUUGGCGACUGAUUUAGAUUCUGAUUGGAUUAUUUCUCACAGUUUUGUAACCGAAAUGGAGUUGCCUAGUAGUUCAUUUUCGAAUGAAUCAAACCGCGUAGAAGUAGACUACUCCAAUACCUCUAGUGAUACUGUCAAUUCAUCUAAUCAAGAUUUAGGUUGGCCAGCAGCUCUGUCUGCUUCACUAGAUGCAUCAAGACCCUUAGGUGCUGUUAGCAUUCAUUCAUUGUCUACCGACAAAAGACUCACUUCAUCUAAUGAUAAAGUGGAAAAGUUGUCACAAACUGGGGAAAUUAAUACAAGCACGUGCAUGACAAGUGACGGAAGUUCGAACUUUGAAAGUUUCACUAAUAGCUCCAAUGAACAUUUUUCAAAGCCUUCUUUAUCUAAAGAUGGUACCAAUUUAGUCGAGUAUAAAGAUGAUGCGAUGAAAGAACAAUAUCAUAUCAAACUUGAGACUGAUGCCAAUCAUCCCGAGACAGGAUACAGCAAUCUAAACCAUUUCCAAAAUACUGAGACAAAUAUUGCUUCUAAUAGCUGCAAUAACCCAGAAUAUACAAAUUCGCGAUUAUUUACCCAAAAUUCACCAAAUUGUCCACAAUCUGAAGCAGAAAAUAGCAUUAAUUUUCGUUUGGCGAAUAAGAAUACGUCUUCUAUUUUGACUGAGGAAGCAACUUUGCUAAUAUCUUACGAGCAAAAUGAGAAUGAGUCACCAAAGGCUCAAGAACCAUCAGGAGAUGAACUGUUUCCUAAUAGUAACAGAAAACGUUUGAAACAAUGUGUCAGUGAAACUGUAAGAAUUCCUGGCAUAGAAGCAUUAUCAAUUAAUCAAUCUUUAUUGUGGGAAAAUCCAUCUUCUUCACAGCCUUGUUCUAUUAACCAUAGUUCUCUUGAUACUACAGAUGAAGUUGCUAACCAAAAUAGCACAGGAUCUGCUCUUAGUAUACAUGAAAGUAAUGGAAACUUGAAUUUUUUGUAUGAUACUAUGGAUCAUGAGCAACAAAAAUGUAAAACUGCUUUAAUUGAUAAACACAAGUUUGAACUAGGUGUAAUAAAAAGUCGAGAUGAUAGCAUAUCAUUUAAAAGUAUCAGCAAUUGCAGUUUGGAUCUUCAACCAAAGUACACGAGUUCUCCUCAAGUUGCCAAGGAAUCCCAUCUGAUUCAGUCAGAAACGCAGGUUGAAAACGAAAGUUUAUCAAAUGAACAAAGUUUAAAUAUUGAUGAGUCUGAUUAUACGAUUCCAAGAGUUUGGCAAAAUAUACCGAGUUCUAUUACUGCAGAAAUGAGCACUAUGAAUAUGAAACAAUCAAAUGAUUCGUUUCAUGAAAACAAAGUACUUCAAAUAAAUAUUCCAACACGAGAUAAAGGUACUUUGUGUAAAAGAACCACCUCAGAAGGUGGUAAAGACAAUGAAAAAAAGUCAUUCUUAUAUUGGUCAGAUUUAAAAAGUACUGAAAAUAUAUCACCGAAGACAAGCCAAUUAUCUUUGUACAGCAACAGUGACAUCAGUUUGUCUACUACCACAAGUAAUGAAAGCAGUAACAUGGAUAAAUGGUAUGCGGCGGAAACGAAUCCCAUGUACCAACGGGAUAUUGUUUUAUUAAGAGGUGGAAAUGAUACAGCUGACAAUCCAAAUGAAGAAACGAUAUCUGAUAAUGACACAAUGUUUUUUAGCAACGACAUUCGCGAAGAACCCAAUUCUUCCGGAAUAAAGGAUAAUGAACUUGAAGCAAAUCACUGUCAUGGGUUUGAAAAAACUAAUAAAUCACAGGACACUAAGGACGACUCAAAUCAAAUGGAUAAUUUUUCUAACUUGGAAAUUGUGAUUUCAUCUAAAGUUGACUUGCUACUGGCUAAUGAAAACGAUAAAUUACCUUCUGAGUAUUCUUUGCCAAAUCAUGGUAUGAACAAUGUUGAGAUCAAAUCUUCACAGAACAGAAUAGCAAAAGAUAGCAUGCCACUGCAGACAGAUCACAAAAAUGGUGUUUUACAAGAAGAGAAGACAGUACUCAAUUUAGAGAGUAUUUCAUCUUCGAAUGCAUCAGGCAGCAGUGCGAAGAAGAUAAAAGCAAAUACUGGACAAAGAGGUAACGCCGAAAAGGAACGUAUUGAGCCCACUUCUUCAAAGACUAUCAUUCAUGGAGAGAAUUCAGAACAUGAUGUAAACAAGGUCACUACAACCCCAACAGAAUUGACUGAAAAAAUAUUUGACCAGGUUGCAGAGACCAAAUCUAAAUUAGAAUCUACUUUAGAAACGGCGGAGAAAAUGCCAAAUAUUACAUCACUGGGUGACGUAGAUAUUAGAAGAUGCAUAAACCAACAUACAAACGAAGUUAUUGAAAAUGAUGUAAAAGCACACACGAAUACAGUCAAUCUAUCAUUAGCAAAUUCUCAACAGACAAGUGGUUCAAAGUCAUUCGGAUCUUUAAAUGUUAUCGAAGAACACAGUCUUCCAGUCAUCAAUAAAUUGGGAAGUAGAACCAGCCAAAAGAAUAAAUUGCAGUUCAACUUGAACUCAACUAUGAGCGGAGAAGUUUCGACCUCCUACCAUCUAAGUAGCGUCGCACAGGAACGCAGUCAAUUGAAAUGCGAGCUAGAGCCAUCAAGAGCAUCAGAAAAUGUAGAUUCCCAAAUAUUUUCCCCAGGAUCAUUAGAUACACCUCCCGAUAGUUGGUCUCCAGAAAUAAUGGAUUCUGGUUACCCAAAUUCAGCUUCUGUACACGAUAUAACACCCGAAUAUGAGCUGUCCAGCAUUGCAAAUGAUAGAAUAUCCGAUUCAGAUUCAGCUAGUAUUGGGGAAGUACCAAUGCCAGGGUUUUAUGAAUUCAUAGAAGUUGAAAAUGGUGACUUAGCAAAUAAUAACAGAGACGAUGAAGGGAACAAUGUCAUCCCAUUUGAAGCAGAUGAUUUGGAUGACCUGCAACCAUUAAUCGAUGUACUUGAGCAUGAUUUAGAGAAUGAAAAUGACAUUUAUGCUCUCCAAAAUGGUUUUCCCAUGUGGCUACUGAGGAUACUGGAGAUGGCUAAUCCCAUAGAUCUUGAAGGGAUGGGAGGUCCACCGGCGCAAUUAUAUCCUGCUCUACCGGAACAAGCAGGAGGAGAUGCGCAAAUUUUGAAUGUAGAUAAUGAUGAGGGAUUCGACAGCAGCUCUUCGGAUGAUGAAAGCGACAUGGGGGAUGACGAGGCUGGUGAUGCUACCACUAUUUCAAGUGAUGAAACGGACGAUCACAGCGCCGAGAAUAUCAGUAGAGAUUGGAGAGCAGGGGGUGAUCCGUAGGUGAUCGAAGUAAACCAAAGAUUCCUGACUGUGAUGGUGAGUUGCAAAAAUGUUUUGUAAGUUAUUAAAUCGGUCUACCCAGAUUCAAAUAUCAUUAAACGAAUCUCUUUGGUCCAACUACUGAUUCGCGUCAUAAUGUAUGUGUGGUGUUUUUUUUUUAGUUCUCACAUAGAUGAGUAAACAAUGCUUAAAUCAAUUAGUACCUAGCAUUCGAGAAAGAGUUUUUGCGAGAAUGGAAUUCACUUCCACUUGUUAUACGAAUUACACUAGACUUCAUGAAAAAAUCCUGUAUUUUUCAUUUGAAAAAUUAAAGUUAUGUUUUUGAAUAUUCUAGUUUAUCAAAGUUGAUCAUGUUCUUGGUACUCAUCUAUUCGUCGAAUCUACGUUCAUAUUUUCAAAUAAUAUUAUAUUAUUACCACAACUUUCAUCUGUGUAAGGAAGUGAAUCAAAAUGAUGACUCGAUUAAUAAGCGUACAAAGUCCUCUUUAAUAAUUCGAUUAAGUGCGGAAUGUUUCAUAUCGAAAUAAAUUCAAUACUGAAAUUUUUGAACUCUUCUUCAUUUUUGCGUUUAGCAAUUCUACAUAGAGUCGAUGUAUUCCAAAAGACUGCCAUAAAUAGAUAUUGGAUAUUAUCAUAUUGUUGAACUUGAAUUAAAACAAUGAAUACGGUACUAGCAAUUUCAAAUUCCUCAAAAAUCAUUAAGUUUGCUCAUAUAUUUAUUGAUUUGAAUAUAUUGUUAUUACUUAUUUAUUAUUAUCUUUGAAACAAGAAUUUAUUGGACCAUUGAAAGUCUCGAACUGAAUAUUAUUAAACUUUGAUAGCAAAAAAUAAAUAUUCUAUUCUAAGUAAUCAUUUGAGGCGCAAUUACUAUUCAGGAAAGCAAUGAAUCUAUGCACAAACGCUGGUAUAAAAAAUUGUCGACUUCUGUGUUUGGUGGCAACUUGAGCACAGCUUAUAGAAAUUGACCUUCUGUCUAUGUGGGGCUGCUGUGGUUGUGUUGUACUUUUUUCCAGCACUAUAAUCUUAUGGUAUUGUGAAAAAAAAACUAUGUCAUGAAAUAAUUGCAUACGUUUUCAUUUCUAUUAAAACAUAAAAUACGGCGAUGUAUUAAUCGAUGAUCCAACGAACUCAAAUAUUUUAUAUAUUUUCACACAGUUACCAAAUAUGUGGUGGACUAAUUGUUUUCGAACUCCACAUUGUUCGAUUUUCUUUUAUCCAUAUAUUCUUACUAAACCGAGGUUUAAUAUUUGUUACGUUUAGAGCCUAAGUACUGUUAUACUCAAUCAUUUGACUUUGAGAGGAAAAAAUAGAAAACAAAACUCCUGAAAAAUUUUAUGUAGUUGUUGAUCGUAUUGCAAGUAGUAUAAGGUUUUGUAACAAUGUUAGAAAGAUACUAAAUCACACACGUUCACGGACGAUUCAUUUUGUUUCGAAUCUAUUUUACUUUUGAAAAGCUAUCACUUUUCUAGUUUUUCCCAUAAAAGUCAAUGUCAGACAACAGGGUUUAACAUGAUGGUCAUCUCAUGAUGCAUUCUAGAAAUCAAUAUGUGUUAGAUAUUCUAAGACUGAAUUCGCAUAUCAUUGUAUUCCUGGAAUGAUAUGAGAACAUUGGACUAAUAAAAUGCGAUAUGACCGCAAA